UUCGGUUAAACAAUCAGCUUAAUGUUUAUAGAUAGGAAUACAGCUAUUCACUCAUGCGUGGGCGGUGUCAAGCCGAAAGCCUAUGCUAUACUUUGACCACUCUGCAUAAUUGAAAUCAUUUUGUUGUUUAAUAUGUAUGUUGCAAAUUCUAUUUUAUACUUAUUACGUGUGUAAUAUAGCAACGGCCUUAAUUAUUACCCCAUGGUAUUUGAUAUGUUUAUGUUGCAUAGUGACAGCAAUAAUUUGAAACUUUGUUCUAAUGUUAAUGACUUCUUUAAAUGAUUUCUUUGCCACGCCACAGGAUACUCAGCACCUGCUGUCAUAUCAGGUACUCGCAUCAUAACAGGACGUCAUCUUCUUGGCAGGUCACUUGUGGAACAACUGAUCUCCGCGAUUGCGUUUUUGACAGUUAAGUUGAAGUUAAGUAUCAUUAUAUGAAUAAAACCAUCAUUCUCUGAGUUCUCAUGCUUUCAUUUACAGAGUAGAAAACUCAGAUCUUAUCUGUUCAUUUCGUUCAGCUUCCAUGGACUAAAUUGUAAAUGCCAAAUGGUUUACAUCGACUGAUCACAAAAAUACCACCAAUAAAGAUUAUCAAUUGAACGAGACACGCGACGUCGCUUCAGGAUAACAUAGUCUACUAGCUAGUCGCAUCGGAUUAAGCGACAAACGUUUAAGACUAGUUUAUAUUUCAUACCAAAUAUCGCAAAAUAUCGAUAACAUUCAAAAUCUGUAUUUGAGACGUGACGCAAGUGAACAAGACAAUAUAGAUAGCUUAAUCGUUUAAUAACCAAAUUCAAAGAUAGCUUCAAUUGAAUAGCUUCAAUCAUAAUUAUUUUAUCAUCGAAGUACUAAACGAGAGAGAAUAAUUAUGGAACAAUCACGAAAUGCUUCUCUGCUCGUAUUUGGUUUCAUAGUUUUGCCACAGAAAUACGAAGUCGAACGAGAUGUUGUCAUGACAUUAAUUGGAGCAAUGUCCUUGAUAAGUGUGAUAUUCAACGCCAUUUUAUUACUCGUUAUAAUAAAAGACCCGCUUAAACAAUUGCGAAAUAUUACAGCGAUUUUACUGGCUUUUAACUCAGCAGCAAACUUAAGUUUCUCCCUGGUGUUGCUCGUCGACAGCGUGUUUUUCUGGACUCAUGGCAAUUUAUUCCCAGAACUUGUUGUAUACUUGAACUCAUGUGCUGUGAGUUUAUACUUUAUUGGAAACCUCCUACACACCUUAAACAUCUAUGGUACAAUUGUCAUUCCUGUCCGUUACGCUUAUUUGUCUUCGAAAUUCCGUAAGAUAUUGGUUCAAUUUCUUGGAUUAAUAUUCAUCAUUAUUAUAUGUGUGAUUAUGAUUCCUGUGUAUACAUUACCCAAGAACAAAGUCUCUGCCUAUGUUGAAGGAAUGUUAACAUUUGUAUGCGUUCAACUUGCGCUGUUAACUGUAAUAUUUGUUUGUCUAUAUGCAAGGAUAUUUCAAGAAUUAUACGCACGGAAACAGAGACUCUCCGUAUCUUUUAACAUCGAACGUUCAACUCCAUGCGGAAUGAAAAUAAUGAAAAAAAACUAUGAAGUUGCAAAGACAUUAUUCAUUCAUGUUCUUAUCUUUUUGUUAGCUACGGUCCCAGUAGCUAUAAUCCUUAUGAUAGUUCUACAUUGUACUUCGUGUGGUGAUCCUAUCAAGUUUCAACUAGCUCUUCUCUUCACAAUGCCUUGUGUCUACACUACUUUUGUAUUUCAUCCGAUCCUCUGGCUGUUUAGGCUAAACAGCUAUAAACAAGCGAUGAAACAAACUCUAAGUUUCAGUCGAAGAUCAAAAUUGAAACCUUGCAACAAUAAUAAUUGCAGCAUAAAGCCGGAAGAAAAUAAACCAAGGUCAGGAACUGUAUCCACAGUAACUUCGUUCUAACAUUUUAAUUGCAAAGCUGGUGGAAUGAAAUUAGCCUUUUCCCAAAAGAGAUCACUGUGCAUUGUGAGACAGACGACAAAUAUGUGAAAGAGUAGAGGUAUCUACUAUCAAAUAUCAUCUUUUUAGACGACCAAAAAUGAAAUACCUCUUUUUACAUUAAAUUUUUAAUUUAAAUGUGUGCUGUCAUAUUUCUUGUCCCUCCUCAUGGGAUUUGCGCGACUAGACCCAGGACUUUGGGAAAUGGCUAAUUGUUUCACGGCUCUGCUCAGCAAACUUUAGUUACUUUGAUAGCUAAUUAUCAGCCUUGCCAACUGUAAUUUUGUAAAAACCCCGCGGAUUCCCUAAAAAUUCCAACUUUUUACGUCGUUAUAAUUUAGGUGGUUUUCGCGCCAAUUUCGGGCAGGAUAGCCUCGUAUGUCAUGUUGUAAAAACGAAAUUUGACAUCAAAUAUGCAGCUCAAUAGAGUUUAAAUACAAGCGGACGAACCCUAGAUUUUUAACAAAAUUGUUUAUUGAUCAAUUUUACAAAAAAAUCAAUUUCUAAAUUCGAACUUCCCUUUCUCAAAAUAAAAAAAAAUCCCAAGAUUGACUUUUUAAAAUAAAAAAGUCCCAACUGCUUCAAAAAAUCUACCAGGUAAAAUGCCCAGACUUGGCAACGCUGCUCAUUAUUUUUUCCCAUGUUACAUAAUUAUUAAAGACAGUAUAAUUAUUUACUAUUGUAGAAAAAUAUCAGGUCUAUAUAGGGAUCUUUAUAUCCUAGUUAAACAAAAAAUAAUGUAUAAUUAUAUAAUAAUAUCAGUAUAUUAUACAGGAAGUCGUAAAAUUAGUG